CUAGUACAAUUUUGUCACCUAAAACAUUAGCAGACUCGGAUCGUCUUUCUUAAAUGCCAGAUAAAUCUACGUCCAUCGUUUUUUACCAUCGAGUUUAAUUAUGACGUGAGUAAAUGUAAUGUAACACCUACAAAGUUAUCCCCAUUCACUUGUUUCCUAAUCAGCAAAAUCAAUAAGUUGAAGUUUGUAGGGGCGGCCGCCGCAGCGCGCCGCAUCGGCCGCGCCGCUCGAUACGCGCGGCGCGCGCGUACCGUGCGUCACCUUGCCCGGCCUUCACAUCCCAGCCACCCCAAUUCCCCAUCAGUCCGUCAUCGUGUAUCAUUGAAAAACACCGCCCCUAUAAUUGCAAACUUAUUAAAAAAAGUGAUCGUGUAUCAAAGUGAUUUACAAACGAAAACAACUCGUGUUGACGUGGACCAAAUGUUUACAACGAAAUAGUGAAUUAGUUAAUAUACUUACGACGUAAUAUUCUAGUAAAUAUUUGAUUAUUUAAUAUCAAUAGGUAAUUAGGGUACCUACUGACAAAGUUACAAUAAAAAAAUAAGUAAAUCUUCCGGCAAAUAACCUCUGUAGAUUACCUUUGUGUACAAGUGAACUGUUGUAGACAGAGUGUAUAGUAGAAUACAAACAUAAUGAAUGAGAUAGAUUUAAUCAAAGAAGUAGAAAAGCGACCAAUUUUGUACGACAAGUCUGUGAGUGGUUUUAAUAAAACUAAGCUUAGAGACGACGCAUGGAAGGAGGUACAACAAUCGCUACAUGUUUCUGAAUCGGAGUGUAAGAAGCGAUGGAGGUCCCUGCGCGAUUCGUUCAUAAAACUCCAGAGGACCCACGGAGGUCGCACGAGGUGGCCUUACCACCAGGCCAUGAGGUUCCUGCUGCCGCACAUAGAAACUAAGGACAAUGGAGCAAUUCACAAAAAGGAGCCUGAGGACUCGGACGGCGAAGAGGAAAUGCGGCAGCGUGCCAUCCAAUGCUUACCAGACCUGUCGUACAGCCAGGACAACAAAUACGAUGACGAUGAUGAGGAAGACUCCCAACCUUCGCCUAAGAAGGCUCGCCAGAACUCCACGGACGAAGAAGCAACAUCUUGCUCCUGCAACAAUAGAACAGACCCUGACGAGUUAUUCCUCAUCAGUUGUGCCCCCACCCUUAAACGGCUGAAUGCUAAACAGAACGCGCUAGCCCGACUCAAAAUCCAACAAGUUUUGUUGGAAGCAGAAUUCGGUUCGCAAAUGGAACUCCCGUACGUGACGCCGGCGAGUGAUUGUGACUUCGACGCGGUUGAAUAAGGCUGAAUAGUGAAUGUACCAGCAGAGCCUAGUACUAGUUUGUUUUAUCUCGAAACGUUGCGUUUAGCCCUCUGAUUGGUUGGUUUAUUGGAAUAAGGAUGAUAACGGGGUAUGAAAAUGAAAAAUCUAUAGUCCGUCAGUUAGAUAAUUAAAAAAUAUUAGACAUGUAUUUUUUUUAUUUUGUUGUAUAUACUUAACAACAUUUAGAUAAAACUAAUCAAAGUUUAGAAGAGGGAGUAAAUACGUCAUUUCUACCUAUAGUAUAAAGUGAGUAUAGAAUAGAUGACGUCAAGCGAUAUUUCAAAUCUAUAUGUAUAACUCCGAAAGUAUUUGUUUCCUGACUUUCAAACCUUCAAGAAGAGCAUACUCCUUUUUAAACGGCCGGCAACGCACCUGUGACUCCUCUAGUGUUGCGGGACUGCGGGUGUCCAUGGGCGGCGCUGAUCGCUUACCAUCAGGUGACUCGUUUGCUCGUUUGCCACCUAUUCCAUAAACAUGAAACAUACUCGUACUAGGCCCUCAGACACCUACAUAGCACAUUAUAGAUUUUAUCAAAAUAUUUUACACGAACUUAGGAAGAUUUACAACGUAAGUUUUAAAUGGCUUUUUGUUCUCAAGAGGUAACUUAAUAGUGAUUAUACAGAGUCUAAUAUUAUAUUAUUCUUAAAUAAAGUUUUAUUGCUAUAUGCUAUCCUAGUCAUUUUUAGAUCUUAGUGCUGUACUAAGAGACAUUUAAUGAUUACUUAAAUCAUUCCUUAAUAACGAUUUUGUACCGAAAACAAUUGCUAAGGACUAGUUUAAGUAAUCAUUAAAUGUUGCGGAGUAUGGCAUUUAGUUAUUUUAUUAAGUUUAGGUACUUUAAUGUGCUCGAAAUAUUAUAACAACAAGACGUUUUAAUUUUUUUUUCUGCAUUAUAUUUAAGUACUUUAAUUGUGUCGAAUUUUAUGUAAGUAGUAGACGUUUACGGAACGCUUCCAAACGCUAAAAACGAGUUCUUUUUCCCAAAAAAUAAGGAUUAAAAUUUUUAUUUUAUAUUAUAAUAGUUGUAAUCAACUGCUUAAGGCGGAGAUUGCAUGAAUAACACUAAAACAAAAACGAUUAAAUAUAAAAACAAUAAAUUUGUGUAGCGUAUUUUGGGAGCGUUCCGUUUACUUACUACAAUUUAUUAUAAAACCUACGAGCUUUAAUGCACACUCCAGCAUUUAUGUUUUUAAUAUUUAUGUAAACAAUAACAAUACAUAUUUUAAGAUCUCGAUUCAGAUGUGUUCAUUGCUUCUAACCUGUAAGAAAGGAGCGUCGCUCCGUAUUAAAAAAGCGAAUAACAUACAGACAGACAUUAUGCAUGCGCAGACCGAUGGGACUGCAUAGUAGUGGCGCACUGUAUAGGCCUGCACACGAAAGCCAGUGCCUAAAUUUCUUUCAUUGUUUUGUUUUUUAUUGUUAUUAUUACAUUACUAACAUAGGCUAAGAACAUUGUUACUAACAAAUUAUGGAAGCAAUUCUGAAAUAAAAUUUGAUUUGAUUUGAUUUGAUUUGAUUUGAUUAUGUAACUAGUUUAAUCGUUGUUUAACCCUAGUUUAACCCUAGUUUAAUCCUUCAUUGAAGAAAUCAAAGAGAUUCAAACAGGAUUCACCUAGUUUUGUAGUUUAAUCGUAUCUAUAUUUACACACUAUUAUCAAUGUGUUGUUAUUUUAAAGGACAGCUAUUUCUAAAACUAUUUAAAAGUAACAAAUAAAACCUUUUGGUUUAAUAUACUAUUAAUUUAUUUUGUAUUAGCUUUUGCAAGCAGCUUCGUCCGCGUUCCCAUGAGACAAAAAGUACCUUAUCCGUAUCACCCAAGUCAUUUCAUACCAAAUUUCAUCAAAAUCCGUUCAGUAGUUUCAGCGUGAUUGAUGGACAAACAUCCAAAUAAACAAACUGGCACAUUUAUAAUAUUAGUGUGAUUAUAAUACGAUAAAAACUUAAUGUUUUUAAAAUCGAAUCGACUUUAAAUAUAAUUUCUUAAAUAAAUCUUUUAACAUUAUA